AAAAACCAAAAGGUGCUGUAUGGAAAUAUUGGAUUACUCUUGAAUCGAAUCAACCAGAAACUAAUAAAUCAAAUCAGUUAGCAACUGAGGGGUUUGAUCAAGAAGAAAUUUAUGAAUCAACCCGAUUAGAAUUAAAUGAAUCAAACCAAGAAACUAAUAAAUCAAACCAACAGGAAUCUAAUGAUGAUAAAAAACCACACCCUCCUGUAAAAUGCAUGUAUUGUCCAAAGACGUAUGAUCGUGGAAUUGCAACUCGAAUGCAAGCACAUUUGGAUAAUGAUUUUUCUAACAACAAUAAUUUAAUAACAUCUAAUCUUAAUAAACCUAAUAAUUUUUCUCAAAAGCGCACAAGAACUACAUUCAUUAAUGAUUUUGCUGAUAGUAUGGAACAAGAAGAUCUCGAAUUUGCAUUAGCCCAAGCAUUAUUUGCUAUGG